AUGGUGGAUGAUACAUCAGACAGCUCUGAUGAGGACGGUGUCUUGACCCGUAGGCAAAAACCUUCAAAGAAAACAGCAAAGAAACACUGGAAGUCAAAAUCUCAGGUGUCCUCAGAUGAGUCAACCAAUCUGAUCGGCAUGCCAGAUUCAUCAGACAAAUCUUUGGAUGAUGAAAUGCUGGCCACAAGAAAGGGCAAAUGCCUGGUUAAAGAAAAAACCAGUCGCCCAGUAAAGAUCAUAGCACCUCCUGAGAAUAGAGAACCAGCAACCGGUUUCUGGGCCAAAUUGGCCAAGAACAUGGCCAAGGCUGCUAAGAUUUCUCAGGAGCCAUCUGCCUCUCGAGUUCCACCAACUCCAUUGGACAAACCCAGAAAAGUGGGGCCAGCAUCUCAUCCCGGCAGUGCAUUGAGGUCUAAACUGGGUGACCAUUCCAAUGUGGUUGAACCAUCCAGCUCGCAAGAGUCCCCCAGACAUCUGAAUCUCACAAAGUGGCAUGGUGCCGAAAUCGUCUCGCAUGACUCUCCUCAUAGAAGGACCAGGGUGCAAACAAAGGGAAAGAAACAACCUGCUGAAGAUCCAUUGGAUGAAUCUCUGGCCAAACAUACCAGGAGCAAAACUGCGGAUGUCCAGCCAAACAGAUCAAAGAAGCCCAACUCCAGAUAUGCUGCCAACUUUGACAGAUCAUGA